AUGGUAGCCGGUCAGCUACAAGAACCCGGAGCAAUGCCUCUAUACGUUCUUCUCGUUCUCGUUAUUGGUAUAUGUUUCUACUUCUUCUUCAUAGGUACCGCUGCAGUCAGGCUUUGGUUCUAUAAGGGCGCUCUCGGUCCUGCGCCAGAGAAGUUCCUCGUCGUCAAGAUCGAGCAUGAGGAUGCACAACAACAUGCUCCGAUGGCCGACAACCACAGCGGAGCCGGCACACACAGCAACGCCAUGAAGCACCGACGCAUGACCGUCUUCACACAUGCCUCAUUAUCAGCACUAUCUGACGACACCGCUCAUACUACCGCACUCGAACCACAUGGUUUCUCACAAGCAACGACGAUGGUGAAUCUCCAAGAUAUCGAUGAGGAAGACCUAUCUUCAUUCACAAAUCCUGGAACCCGCGCCUAUAUAGCAGAAGAAUGCCGCCUGUCCCGCAUGCCUGCCUUUGACGCAGAUGACUGCGGAAACGGCGACUACUUCCCUAACCUCCCUUACACAAACAACCCUAUCGAAUCUACUUCUGCUUGCUCCGACUAUCUCCAACCCUCACAACUAGGGCUUACCUCAACGGACCGGCGCGACUGGCUAGCCAUUGAUGAACAUUACAUUGAGUACCACGCCGCGCGCACUCACCUCCUAUCGCGCAACCGAUCAUCUUGUAUACACCUCACUCCCGAUGGCGAAUCCGCGUGUCGCGAGCUGCUGCAAGAAGUUGCCUCCUACCUCGUCGAACAGCACCCUAGCAAGUUCAGCUUCGAGACUAAACAUCGUAGGAAGCAUAUUCUGAAUGAACUGACAAGAGAAGAUUUCGAAUUAGCGGGUAGGCUGGAGGCACAUCCAUUGGAGGUUGUAGCGAGACUGUGCGGAGAAGAUUUUAUGAUCUGGGAGAGAAGUGAGAGUACUAGGAUGUGGUACUUGCACGCCAGUACAACGCUCUUCCCAUCCGGGUACAUCAUAACGUCCUACAUGGGAAAACCAGUCAAUAUCAUGGUUCAUGGUGAUGAAAACGGGAGACUGCCAAUGUUGCCUUGGUCCAGUAAGUUUCAUAUCUUUCCAUCGCCCACAUCAGACUGA